CGUUCUGUACUUCAAAUUUUUCAUAUUAAGGCUAGCGCAACUCGCGACAGGGCGUACUCCCUUUUUGGAGGCGUGUAGCUGUAGAGAUAGCGCGCGCGAUAAACUUCCAUCGGGUGCUUUGACUCUCUCAGCGUAGUCUCAUUCUUUUAAGUUACGAUAAGCAGUCCCCCGUUGCAUCAUGAACGGUUCAUUACGCUCUCAACCGCGUCUUAGGCGCAUAACAACGCGAAAUGUAUCCGUUGGAAGAAGUGGUACCCGCGGCACCUGCCGUCAUCGAAGCAGGUGACUUCAUUCCUCUGCAGCCCCUUUCGGAGAAAGGAACUACUACUGACCCAUCGAUAAGCGCAGCGUUCGAAGGGAAUGUGACCGUAAACAUGCCUCCACCCAAGCCAGGUGUUUUCUUCUUCUUCUUGCUGCUUUUGGCCGUUGCGUGGACGCUCGCUAGUGUCGGGAUUUUCGGCGUGUGUUUCUUUUACUACAAGCACUACCACGCAGCGUUAUGGGCUUUGGCAUCGGCAAUAUUUGCAGGAGGUGUCCUCCACCUUCAAAUUCUACACCUCGCCAAGCGGCUUGACAUGUGGCACGAUGUGCACACGCUUGGAGGACUGAAAGUUCUCGGUGUCAUUGUGUCUGUUGGCAGCCUUGCUUCAUCCACAGCAUACUGGGUCUUCGUCGUCACUAGGCAUGAAGUGUUUUCCAUGGCUGCCGGCGCACUGUACCCUCCAGCAAUCUUGAGCACCAUCACUCUGCUCUGGGGCCUCCUUCUCUACGGCAGCGCCAGGCAUUGCCAGAAGCGUGUUGCCGAAGCACACCCGAGUCUCCUUACCUACGGUGGUUACGGCACCCCCGACGCAUAAGCCUUGCGGACCAUGAAUUCUGAUCUAGUUUGACGUUUUUUGUACUUUUGUACAUACGUAUAGACAUAAUUGCCAGUGCUGGGCACUACACUCCAUGCAAAGGACGUGCCUCUUUUGGCACUCCUUCAUGUACAUAACAAACUUUUUGAUGUUUUAAUGAUUCUCUAGUUAUGUUGUUGCUAUACAGUAUUGAUCCCAAAAAUUAAAGGCUUUCGGCCUUCCUUUGUUCCUGGC